AUGCAUUCUUACGCUUCAAAUUACCGCCCCACUCCAGAUUCGCGUGUCACUUCUACCAGGAGGUCCAGCGCAACCGGCUACCUUGCUAGGCCAUGCGUUGACUCCAGAAUGAUUGCGAAGUUACCUAAGUUUGAAAUCCAAUCACAUCGGAUCGUACAGCUAGGGGAAGAAGUUUGGGAACUGUGGUCUCCUAACGCACAGCAGCUUCCAUUCUUACCCGGCUUGUUGGAGGACCAUUUCAGCGUCGACAUAGCUAGCCGUCGUUCUGACCGGCGAAGCGAUGGGCAUUUGGGAAGGUUUGACGCGUGCGUGUCGCCUCAGUUUGCGACUGGCCACCCAAGUUGGGCUCCCCAUAUUAAACGCGUGCCCACAUCGCUAUCGGAAUGCCCUGAGUUCACCUGCAUCUUAGAUGUUACGGACUCGCGUAGUUCUAUCCACACCAACUACAUUCGAGAACUGCAACAGCGAAACUCCCGCUUAGAAGCACGCAUCGAGAAUCUUAGAGCCAACAGUCGUCGUGACCCUUCAAUCGCCUUGGAGGAUGUAUGGAAGUUCUACAAUCCUAACCUCAGGCCAGACGAUAUCAGCGACCUCCGCUCCAUACGAUCCUUCGACAAAGCUCUAGACGACGUGACCCUGCUACAGCGGAAAUUCAAAUUGAAGGCUGCGUGGAUAGAUUGGGUGGAGCGGCAGCAGACUACCACUUCUUGGUCUCGAUCGACGAAUCGUCUCCCCGAAAUGGCUGAUGAGUCGUACAUGGGUUGUUGGAUCAACGGCCAAGAGGAGGAAGAAAUUGAUUGGCUUCUGGCGCACCGUAUCCCUUGCUUCAUCGUACAUAAGUUAAUGGGAGACGAGUUGGAUCGCCUGUUAGACGCGGGACGCGGACCAAAACACACUUCGUUCGUUCGGAACACUCCCAUUGAGAAUCUAAGCUCCCCCCACAAUCGCAUCGAAACCUUUCUACGUAGGCAACGGGUAAUAAUCACCGAAUCGGACAACGAUGACAACAUCGGGAACGAAGAGCCGUCUGAUCCGCCCGAGGCGUUAUAUGCCUCCUUCUCCCUGUUCCAUAAAGAAUGGUCGAGAGGAGGCCCUGCUCCCAUUGCCUAUGCGGUGAUUCCUAAUCCGACCCCUCCUACCCAGCACGCAUCAAGUACUUCCCCCUUACUAGGGCUGGACUUCUCUAGCUAUGGAGCUGAUCCUCUCGAUAUGGUAGAAGUGGACCCUCGUCGUGUAGCUUGGAUUCGACCCCCUCCAGUCAUGAGUCCUCUGAAAGGCAAAUGGGAGAAAUGGGCGGAGAAAAAUGUGGAGGGUGAAUUAUUUGUGACAAGAGUGGGACGUUCUUACGCUGACUUCCACGGUGUCUCAUACUUCGACCGAUCUCGUAAUCGGGAAAUCAUCCUAUUGAGCGACGCACCGAUACUUCCUGGAGCCAUCUCGAAGACCGAAAUAUUCGGACUCCCUUGUCCGCAACACUUACAUUUCGCAGAAGUACCCCAGAAUAAGACACCGCGACCCGCCAAAGCGUCGUCAUGGCUGUACUUGACUAAGGACCCCACUCCUGGGGAUGUGGGCAUGCAAGCAAGGCGUCCUCAUGCGGAGGAUCUUCCUUUCAAGGACGAAUUCAGGACUGGCGCGUCUACUCAACCAUCACCACCACCCAGCCCUGGUAAUCCAGCGCCACCGCCUCUCCCUUUGCUCUUCAAUCCUCUCGACUCCCCGGAGAUUGGGGGCGUUCCAGAUAGCGAGCGCCCUGUUUCUCCCGUGGACUCCUUGUUGGGAUCCCCCCCGGAAGUAGAUUGGGGCACAGACCUUGACGAGCCAAUGGGACCGCACAUACCAUCCGAGGCUGCUGAAGACGUAGAGAUGGGUACUGUGGACCUGGGAGACGUGCCCUCUCCUCUUCGGAGCCUUCCUAAGUCACCGACAGUCCCACCCCCUACUGUAUCCGUUCCCAAACAGCCUUCGCCAACUCCCUCCCCAAGACAUCGAGCCGCCUUCGAACCCUCAACGAGUGCGCCCGCACCUGGUGCCCCUCGCUGGAGCCCUUCUCGACGUGGCGGUCGUAAGCAUGCGCGUCCGUUAUCUCGCUCUCCAACUCCUCCCCGAAGGAGAGGAGAUUCUUACCGUCCUCGACCAUCCCACAAUGUUCGGGAAAGCAACCGUCCCCGCUUCCAACCGCCGACGCCCACUCCUAACGCUUGGUCUACAAGCAAUAACCCUUCCAGCCCUUGGGUGCAGUUGCCUAACGCAAACCCUUGGUCAGCUCCCAACACGUUCUCCGCUGGUUUAAACCCGACACCGUGGGGCCCCCCUCCUGGUUAUAUGCCUUGGGGUAUGAACCCAUCAGCCCCUCCGCCGUGGUCCGUUCAUUACCCUGGUUACUAUCCCUCAGAGCAUGCUUCACUAUCGGGUUGGCCCCCUCUGGGAUUUCCUAUGAUGCCGCAACACAACUGCGCCUCCUGUCAUAAUUGCGCCUCUUGUGGUCGUCCUUCAACGUCGACUGGAGAAGGGAACUCGUCUCAGCAUCCUUCUGCACCGAUAGCGCCAUCAUUAUUAGGUCGUCUCCGAUCGCCAUCCGCGGUAGACUCGCUUCGCAUCGAACCAGUUCCCUUAGCGCAACGAUUACGGGAUCCAACGCCUUUAGUUGAGCGUUUACAACCACCUGCCGCUUCCUUAAUGCAGCGAAUUCAAGGGCCACCUAUGGAAUUCGUUCAAGGGUCCUCUUCCAGGCCUCUACAAAGUAUUCCGCCAGUACCACUGCAACAACGGCUGGCUGUGAACUUGGAAGACGGGGAAGACGAUUUCCCAGAGGAGGAUAGGCCCACACCCACUAGUCGUGCACGAAGGAGUCGUAGAUCAGGCAGGAAGCAGCAUGAGGAGGACCAGCGAAGGAUCGAGGAAGGCAAGAAACCGGCAGGAAAGGGCAAGAGGAGGGAUCGGCGACGGUAG